CGCGCCGUGUCGCCAGCAGUCGCCAGUCGCCAGAGAGCGGACAGCGGAGAGAAAGAGGUGCGGUGUUGCGUGACUGGGUGCGAGCGACCGUGUGGCGCGUGUGUGUUUGUUGUGUUGUUAAGCGUAAGCGAGUUUUACAAGCUUCUCCGCGUCCUCCGCCUUUGCGAGUAAUACGUGAACACGAGCGGACGAAGGAAAAACGACCGUGGGUGCGGAGUAUCGGGAGAAACGAGGAAGAAAGAGUGAGCAAGAGAGCGAGCGCGAGAGAGAGAGAAAGAGUGAAAGAGUGGGAGAGAGAGAGCGAGAAGGGAAACCCGCGUCGCAAGGAAUCGAGAGAGGCCAGCGGAGAGAAGAAAACGGAUAAAGAGAUAUCGAGUUCGCGACGACCAGAAGCUACACGAUGUCAUCCUACAUUCAGGUCGCCGAGGACGAGGGCGAGGAACCCAUCGAGCUGCCGACAGAGGACGACACCACGCUGCUGCUCACCACCCUGUCCGCCCAGUUCCCCGGCACCUGCGGCCUCAAGUACCGCAAUCCGGAGUCGCGGACGAUGCGCGGCGUCCGGCUGGUCGACGGCCGUCUGCAUCCGCCCGAGAACGGCUGGGGCAAAGCAAUCUACUUCUGCGUAUUCCCCAAAGAGAACAAACGUAAAUCUGAUGACAAUUUGGAAAAUUCCACAGCUAAGACUAAAAGAAUGGAAACGAAGUUGCGUUGCACUGACUUGAUUGUACUCGGUUUGCCGUGGAAAACUACCGAACAGAACUUGCGCGAGUAUUUCGAAACGUUUGGCGAAGUUCUGAUGGCACAGGUAAAGAAAGAUGCGAAAUCCGGCCAAAGCAAAGGAUUUGGCUUUAUUCGAUUUGGAAGUUAUGAAUCGCAGUUGAGAUGCCUCGCUCAACGUCAUAUGAUAGACGGCAGAUGGUGCGAUGUCAAGGUUCCUAAUAGUAAGGAAGGAAUGAUUCAGCAAGUACCCUGCAAGGUAUUCGUCGGCCGCUGUACCGAAGAUCUAACCGCGGACGAUCUACGAGAUUAUUUCUCCAAGUUUGGCGAAGUGACGGACGUGUUCAUCCCGAAACCCUUCCGCGCGUUUUCGUUUGUCACUUUCUUAGAUCCCGAGGUCGCCCAGUCGCUCUGCGGCGAAGAUCAUAUUAUCAAGGGCGUCUCGGUACACGUCUCAAAUGCCGCGCCCAAGUCCGAGGGCAACAAUAAAAAUUUCAACAAUCAAGUGAACUCGAACAUGAGGGGCGGCAGGGGCGCGCCGGGACCCGUCGAUAAUAAUGUGCAGGGCAAUUAUCAGGGUAACCGUUACAUGGGCCAUUCGGGCAAUAAUAUGGGCCCAAACGGCUGGAAUAACCCGGGGAAUCGCGGUAAUCUCGACAUGCCGAAUCUACAGGCUCUGGGUAUCACCGGACAAAACAACGGCGGUGGCGGUGGGGGUGGUAUGUCGAAUCCGCUGGCGAUGGGUGGUCUGAAUCUGUCCGCAUUGCCGGUCAAUCCGGCAUUGGUGGCUGCCGCUCUGAACCAGGCGUCCUGGGGUCUGAUCGGUAACCUGCAGAACCAGGGAAACGACCAGGGUUAUUCGAACCAGCCGGGCCCACCGGGCCAGCCGCCCUCCGGUAACAACACUAUUGGCAACAGCGGCAAUUCCGGCUUUCUCAGCUGGAUGAACCAAGGCGGCGGCGACGGCAAUACGGGCAAUCCCGGCACCGGCGGCCCCGGGCCGAAUAACCCGAACGCGUCCCAGGGCGCCUGGCAGAAUCACCCGGGUCAGCGCGACCAGAAGUCGAAUACCUUUCUUAAGUACGAGUAAAUUCAAUCGGGGCCGUGGGUCUACUCGUAAAACCAAACGGAUCCUCUAUCCACGGGUCCCGACGCAACAACCAUAACGAACGGUGGUAACCGAUGGGAUCGACGGUUUUCCAAAAGCACGUCGAUCCCGUCCCCAGAAUAGAACCAAGAACCAGAGCCUAUAGUACGUUGACGUUUUUUCUAAUGUUUUGCACUAAUCGCCACUGCGUGUAUUAUAAUAUUUCGAGAUUCCCCCCUUCUCCACUCUCUUACUGGUUUGACAAGUUAGCACAAUUCCGUUCGUUGAAAGAGGCGGUUUAGGUUUACGAUAAAUAAAGGCGGAUAGCUUCGAUCAUUCGAAAAUAUGUACGCCCGAUAUUUGCGUCAUCUCUGGUGUGAGCGUACAAUAGAUAAUGGCAUGAAUAAAAUCGACGAUACGUAUGAAGUUGAUGUGUGGAGCAGCAUAGCUGCAUGGCGAGGGUGAGAUUGUAUAAUCGAGUACAUUUACUGCUUAGCGAUUAAAGAUUGAUAAACGUGUAAUUUACGAAUAUCUGACAAGAUCUGAGUCUCAAGAAGACUUCAGCUGCUUCAACAUUUGUCAAGCCCAGUGAAAUGUAUACCAAAAUAUUGUUACCUGAAAAGUAAUUACUGCCACAGACACAGUCAUAUAGAAAAUAAUUAUAGCUACAAUGGCAUCUGCAUCGUUUCUCCAUUCUAUUUAAGUAUAUAACAUUUUCCCAUCGAGCAAUUAUUAUUAAAUUAUUGGGAAGUUGAAAAUAGCUCAAGUCUUCCUUUGCCACAAAUCUCUUUAAUAAAGGGGGCUUUAGUGAAUAUUUACUUAAUAGCAUUUGUUGAGAUAUUGGCUUUAUCUAACCGCAUCUUUUGUUUAAACUCGCAAUUAACUAAAUUUUCUCCUUGUCUAUGUCAAAAAUUGUGAUGUAGAAGGAGACUAGAUCGAUCGCCUUAGUUACAAACUAUAUUAGUUUGUAACCGAGGCAACUAAUCUAAUAGGUGCAAUGUGGUAAAUAAAUGAACAUGAGACCAAAGUCAAUUAAUUUGCGUAUCGAGUUAAAAGCCGCGCCGAAUUGCUAGAUGUUGUUUGUAAAAAGCGUUUAUGUAUUAUGUAAUAUGCAUUAUGUAAUAUAUAACUUGCCAUCGCGUUUUCAAGCUAUUAUAUAUAACUAUUAUUCAAUUUCUUGCGCAUUAUUUUUUAACGACAGAUCUCUUGAUUAUUUUAGAAUCAUAAUUUUUCCUUAUAUUUUCCGUGUAUUUUCCGGAGAUCUGGAAUUGUGAAUUUUGCUGCUGCGAGAAUGGACGGCUUCUUUCGAAUCAAGGUCCUGCGUUUAAAGCUUCGCAAUCGUUUCUAAAAUAUUUUUACCUUUAUAACAUCUUCUAGCAAGAUGCUUUCUCAACGUGGGUAACAAUUACAUUUCGUAAGUUUCUGUAAAAUUGCCGUUAUACGAGCGAAACAUUACUACGUUAUGCUUUAAGGAGAUCUAUUCCAAAAUAAAUCCGCAAUAAAUGUUAAGUAUGAUGGAUUGAGAUAAUAAGGAUUACGAAGAAAAAGAUUUCUUCUAGAGAGAUUAUUAAGAUUGAAAUUGAAAUUUAAUUUCAUCAUUUUAAACAUUAAAUGGACCAGAAGUUUUCUUUGGUUUUGGUGUAAAGUUACCUUCGUUGAAACAAUCUUAUUCUAUUUUGCAACAUCCUUUAUCCGUUUCAUGAGACGUUUCCAAAAUAUUACCAAGAUCAGAAAGAGCGUAUAAAUUGCGAUUGAUGUGACUGUUUGAAAGUGUAUGAAUGUAUCAGAAUAGCUCACACCUAGAGAUUGAUCGCAGCUAUCCGUAUUGUAUAUUAUUAUCAAGUUGAACUUCUGUUUCAAAUAUCUCAAAUGUAACACAUAAAUAGCUUAUUAUGUGAGAAUUUUACACUAGUGUGCAGGUGUGUCAAAAUUAUUGAUUGAUGUGUGUGAAAGAAAAUUGUUUGAACUGAUCAGAUUUUUUCCAUUUUAAUUGAGUGAUUUGAAGAAAGCGGAAAGAAAACUAUUUAGAUGUCUUAUAUGUCUGUGUAUAAUGUGUCAUAAGUUCUGAAUGAAAUAUUCUUAAUGAAAAGACUUUCGAACUGUUUCCUGAUUGAACGAUAAUGAAAAAGAUAGCUUUACUGGUCGAGAGUAUUUAUUUUUCAAAGAAAGAAAGAAAGAAAAAGAAAGAGUCAUAGCACGAAGAAGGAUGCAAUUCACAUCUCACAAUUAUAGUCAAUAACUUUAACAUACGAAAUAAUUACGUCGCAAUUAAACUUAAAUACCGCAUUUGUCACCGCGAUAUCACUGUGUAUCACGUUAAAGGAAUUAUUUAGAUUGACUAUUUCAGAGUACGCUAAUUAUCUCUUAUGAGUAUAUUAAUUGAAAGAAUAAAAUAAUCCCUAAUAUAAGAGGUGUGUAUACUGUUGUGCUUUUCAUUUUUGUCGUACAGUGAUUUCUCAAACUUCCUUCUUUUGAACGCGAGAUACUACUUAAUAUACAAUUCUAAUGAUAAUACUCUCUCGCUCUUUCUCUCUCAUUAGCGUGAAUUCUCGUCGAUAUGCGUGUCGCGUAUACAGAUGAGAAAAAUCUCCUCUAACUUUGAGAAUGUUAAACUGGAUUGCUCGAGGCACGUGCGUGUGUGUGUGGUGUGUGCAUAUGAGUAUGUUUGAGAGAGAGAGACGGUUGAAUGUAUUUGUUAAUGGUCGUCUUACAGAACUACAGGCGUGAGUUUUUACUACUUAGCAAAAGUGAUGAUGUCGUUUGUUUAGAGCACUGAGAACGCGUGUACUUGGCGAGGCGAGGUGAAGAAAUGAGGUGACUGAGUAAUAAUGCAUAAGGCGAGCGGGGGAACACUGCGGUAUUAGAUGAGAAUGAGCAAAAGUCGUCCAGUGUGUGUCUGGUAUAUACUUAGAUUGAGAGGAGGUUGUUUAUAUACGUAAUGUAUGUAAAAAAAAAAAAAAACUAAAUUAUACACACGCACGCGCGCACACAAAACACACACACACACACACACACACACACGUACAUAUACACGUAUACAGAUUUCAAUGAGAAGAGAUAGACGAUGAGUUGGUUGAUUGAGCAUUCUGCCACGCUAUUAAGUCUAUAAAUUGUUAAAUUGAUCUACAUAGAAGCUGUGGUUUAAGACAACUUUUAACAAACACUGGAACCGUACCAAGCUUGUCGUUGAGGCACGAAUGUUCGCGCUUUAAUACCCUUAACGUCUGGAAAUAUUUUCAGGGAGAAUGUAGUUCCUUACGAUGCAAGAAAUAAAAAAAAAUAGAAUAAAAUAAAACAACUUGUAUAAGAGAUAAAAUAAAAUCGUUGAUGGAUGGCUGUAUGAUGAAUAAUAAUUGAUUGAUCAGCUCGAACAUUCGUGCGUGAGUCGUAGCGAUUAUAGAUCUACGUGGUCUGACAAUUAAGUUUGUAGAUGUAUCUCUUUUUUUUGUUACCCAUAGACAAUAUUGAAAACACAUUAGAUUAGUGCACUCUUUUAUCUCUUCGUUAUGUUUCGUAUUGAUAGCGUGUAAACGAUACGCUGAAUAAUUGUUGUUGAGUGAUUAUUUAGCAAAAAAAUCAAUGUCAAAUAUUUACGUUUCAUUUGGAAAAAGAAUCCUUUUCCUUAGUUCGGAUUUGGAACCGGCAAAAACAUUCCUGUGUUACUUAAUCUACUCAAUUCCGCAGGCGAAGGUGGAAAAAGUAGUAAAGAAAUUAUGUAUAAAUGUUAAGUUUAAUUCGCAAAAAAUAUGUAAAAUUUAUUUUAGAAAACAAAUGUAAUAUUUCUAUCAUCUCGUUGAUUGGACAAACAAGCUGCAUUUAGGUCCAAAUAAAUGUUAUCUAUGGAUUUAAUUGUCAGACCACGUAUUUCAAAUCGUUUGAAAUAGCUAUGCCUACGACGUUAUUGGCAUCUUUUCGUGAUCCCUCAAUCAGUGAGUUAUUUCGCGCGGGAUGAGAGAAUGCCCACUGCUCAAAGGAUGCCUUGCAAAACGAUUUGGAAGUGAUCUACGAAGUAUGUAAAUAAGGAUUGAUAUAAAGCAAUUUUAAUAUCGCUCACAAAAUGUAACGAAUUUUAUUGUAGAGUUUAGCUGUGCUCUGUAAAAUCGCUCGAUAUUAUUGUGUCCCCGAGGGAGGGAGAGAGAGGAAAUAAGAUGAAACUGCGUGACGAAUUCGAGACGUGUGUCGUGAAACGUUGUCGUGUGAGAAUGUUGAUUCCGAUCCGUCGCUCUCACGGCCGUCAGGGGAAUCUUUCGUACCGCGUCGUGAAAGAACGCACGGUGAGGAAACCGCGAAUCCGGCAUUCUUUUACACUUUUGAGAUACUACGAGCUAUACAAACGAGUUGAAUGCGAGUCGAGGCUACCGUGGAUUUUUUACGUAUGCGAGAACGAUCUCACGAUUUUUGUCGAGCAAGAGAGAAAAGUGUCGCAGUCUUUUUGUCCACCGCAGGAUGCUGCGCGAAAUCUUGUAGAUGUGAAUAUUAGAUGAUCGCGAAUGAUAUCACGUUUCCCAAUUCGUGCCGAUGGUUUUUGCCGUGUAAACUGUAAAACGUUUCGCCGAGUUAAUGCGAGAAUACUCAAUGCUCUCCGUAAUGUUCUCCGUUGAUUGUAGUGUAUGUUAAAUUAUGCCGAGAAUAAAAGACCCAAGCAUCGUGGGGGUACCAUAAAUUCCUUUAAA